AUGUCGGGACAUUCAAAGUUCGUUCUUUUGCCUCUAAAUAGCAGCUUAAAUGCGUAAGGGUUUACAUGAGAGGAUGGGAAUACAUUUGUAGAACUGUGAUUAAAUGAGGGCAUUUCUAUCUUUUUGGCUACGAAAAUAUUAGGCAAGAGUCUAAUCGCUCAAUAAGUAUGAUCUUCUUAAAUGUUGAGAUCCAUUGAUGAUUGUGUGGAUGUUCUUAACAACUUCUGAUCUCCUCAUUUGAUGAUGUCAUGUGUUAGUGCCUCAACUUGAUUCUGUUGCCUAAUCUCCACAAAUUAAAUCUCAUCAAAUAAAGCAAAAUAAGGGGUGUGACGUGACUCAGUCGUUGUACAAUAAAUCACGCAAAUAUAAAAUUUAUAAAACUAGAAAAUACGAAUAUUCGGAUAUUUAGAAGUAUUUCUAAAUAAAUAUAUCAAUUAUAAUUCAAUAAAAAUUCCAAAAAUAGCGAUAAUUUUCUAGGUCGAUCACAGGGAUGUAAUAUAAUAUCUGGUAAUUAUUCAGAAUUUUUCUCAAUGAAUACGAUUUUCUUACAAAUUUUAUACUAGGAAAUAAAAAGAAAAUAUAUUUAAAAUUCACGAAAAAAAGGAAAUAAGGGUGCAGACGUCAGGAUGAUGUCAGCUCCUAGCAAACAGCAGAAAUAGAGUUCCACCCGGCGAUUCUUACGUAAGCGAUUACAGAUGACUUAAUUAAUCAAAUUAAGAUCUGUAAAAGCCAGAAGAAUCAUAAUUGAACGAAAUAUAGUUUGGUAAAUUAAAAUCACACAAAGUAUCACUAAAUGAAGCGUAAAUUAAAUUGAAAGCAGGAAAACAGAGUUCCGGCGUCGCGACGACGAUGCGUCGGCGAUGCACCGAAAUCGUGAGCGUUCGGGAGGAUCGUUGUGCAAUGCCCACGGCCUCGAAGGCUCUCCUUGGACAAAGACAACGUGGGCAAUCUCUAGAUCUUCUCGCAAAGUCUAAAGAUCAAUGAAGUGAGUCGUCAAAUCGUCUCCGGUGGCUGUCACCCGGCGGAGUGGAAAAAUGGCGACUUUGCGGCUCUCCGGCGGCUGUCACCUGACAGAGAGGCGCUGGAUGGAGGUGGGGCGCGUGUUAAGGAGCUUCAUCCUUAGGUCCGCGCAGCAAGAGGAGGCUCUUCAUCGCAUCUGGUACGCUCUCUGGAGGUGGCGACUGGUCUCCCGGCGGAUCGUCCUCUUCCUGACGACGGCUUGUUCGUCGAUCAAUCGGAGAUGAUUUACUCAAUGGAUUCGCGAUCCUUUUAUCGUGAAUCGUUCAGCAAUUUUAGUAGCAAUGCUUUGCGAAUCGUGUUGAUGAGAUUUUCGCCGAUGAUCCAGCGAUUCUCGUUGCUUAAUCCUUCCCCAGCCAUCUGCAAGAAAGUCGCAAUAAUCAAAUAAAAAUAUAUGAAUUUUGACUCUGGAAGGAUUCGAACCCACGCCAAUCGCCCGCCUCUUUUGAGGAAGGUGUGACGGGGGUUAGUCCCUUCUCUCACGUGUAUGACCACUCCUUGCCCCAUAGCCGGCUGGCCACUAGUGAUGUGGAAGGGGAGUGGCGUACGCGUGUCAGUCGGUCCCCAAGCCAAGCCGCUUGAGCCCCUGCUCGCAGCUACUCCCCGACUGCGCUUCCGAGCUGCUUGCGAGCACGGCUGGCCGGCGGGUCCCCCCAUUUUUGCAAUAUUUUUAUUUUUAUUUCUUGUUCUUGAUUUGUCUCAAAAGUAAGACUGUAAAAAUUGUAUAAAAUCACAUAAUUACCCAAAAAUUCACGUUAAUCAAUUGAAAACAAAAAAUCAUUCUUUAACACAAAUAUAAGUCUAUUUAUCAUGAGUUAAGGCUAAAACUAUAUUAUUUACUAAUUAUUAACUCAUGAUAAUGAAGACUUAUCACACCCCCCAACUUAAAUCAUUGCUAGUCCCUUAGCAAUGGAAUUACGAAAAUAAAAUUUUACAAAUCUCAAACAUCAUAUUUCAAUACAAAAAAAAUAUAAUUAGAAAUGAUGCACCAUUAAACACUUUGAAUUCUUAUAUCAAGUAUUUAAGAAUGAUGCCAAGUACUUAAAUGUUUAAACACUCCUUGGAAUAACAAUCUACACUUCAGUUCUUCUAUUCACAUCUUUAUCACUUCUUCACUCAUAGAUGUAUUUACAAGAUGUUCCAAUUAUCAAUACUCAUCCAAGAAUAAUAUUGAUCUUACAUUUCCCUUUUUCUAUGACUUAAUUUUUGAAGUUUGCACUAUAUUUCUUCCUUCUUUUUUUUUUUUUAUAAAUAGUGGAUAAGUAGCUUUUCCUGUAGACAAAUUUCGACAAUAAGAAUGAUGUCUCACACCCUCCAUGUGUACUCUUCAUUUUCAGGGCUUUCACUUUAUCCACUUAUUUUUCUGCAAGUGUUUUUCUAUGCACGAUUUUCGACAAUGAGAAUGAUGUCUCACACCCUCCAUGUGUACUCUUCGUUUCUAGAUUUUUCACAUUGCUCUCUCUUUUUUUUUCGAAAUAAGUGAUUUCUCCUCAUUAAUCCUAUAGAUCAGGGUGCAAAAAUCUCCAUUAAAUUUAAAUGAUCAAUCAAAUUUUCACAUCAAGUAAAUACUAUCCAUUAAGAUCAUGAAGUGAAAAUUUGUAAAAUCAAAUCCAUGUUAUCUAUCAUGUAUCCAAAGAGUAUUCCAACAUUUCAUACUACUAGAUCAUUCUUUUGACUCAAUAAUAAUCUUCCUAGUAUCUUUUGGUAUCAAUCAAUCUAAUUGAUUUAAUUUUUCAUGCAUGUAAUAUGAUGUAAAGAAUUUGUAAAUUAGAUAGUUCUGACAGUUCUAUUUUCUUUUUUCAGUUUAUUUUUAGCCACAAUAAAUUUGUCAAAAAUAAAUCAAAACUAUCCUCUUUAUAGUUUUAAUUUCGAAUUUCAGUAAUAUAUAUCUAGGGGAUUGAAAUGUGAGAAAAGGGUUGACGUGACUCAGUCGUUGUAUGUUAAAUCACGCAAAUAUAAAAUUUAUAAAACUAGAAAAUACGAAUUUUCGGAUAUUUAGAAGUAUUUCUAAAUAAAUAUAUCAAUUAUAAUUCAAUAAAAAUUCCAAAAAUAGCGGUAAUUUUCUAGGUCGAUCACAGGGAUGUAAUAUAAUAUCUGGUAAUUAUUCAGAAUUUUUCUCAAUGAGUACGAUUUUCUUACGAAUUUUAUACUAGAAAAUAAAAAGGAAAUAUAUUUAAAAUUCACGAAAAAAAAAGGAAAUAAGGGUGCGGACGUCAGGAUGACGUCAGCGCCCGGCGAACGCGAAUCAGGCGGAAACACAGUUCCGCCCGGCGAUUCUUACGUAGGCGAUUACAGACGACUCAAUUAAUCAAAUUAAGAUCUGUAAAAGCCGGAAGAAUCGUAGUUGAACGAAGUAUAGUUUGGUAAAUAAAAAUCAACAAAGUAUCACUAAAUGAAGCGUAAAUUAAAUUGAAAGCAGGAAAACAGAGUUCCGGCGUCGCGACGGCGAUGCGUCGGCGAUGCGUCGGCGAUGCACCGGAAUCCUGAGCGUUCGGGAGGAUCGUCGUGCAGUGUCCACGGCCUCGAAGGCUCUCCUUGGACAAAGACGACGUGGGCAGUCUCUAGAUAAAGCAGGAAAACAGAGUUCCGGCGUCGCGACGGCGACGCGUCGGCGAUGCACCGGAAUCCUGAGCGUUCGGGAGGGUCGUCGUGCAGUGUCUACGGCCUCGAAGGCUCUCCUUGGACAAAGACGACGUGGGCAAUCUCUAGAUCUUCUCGCGAAGUCUAGAGACCAAUGAAGUGGGUCGUCGAAUCGUCUCCGGCGGCUGUCACCCGGCGGAGCGGAAAAACGGCGACUUUGCGGCUCUCCGGCGGCUGUCACCCGACGGAGAGGGGCGGGAUGGAGGUGAGGCGCGUGUUAGGGAGCUUCAUCCUCAGGUCCGCGCAGCAAGAGGAGGCUCUUCAUCGCAUCUGGUACGCUCUCAGGAGGUGGCGACUUGUCUCCCGACGGAUCGUCCUCUUCCCGACGACGGCUUGUUCGUCGAUCAAUCGGAGAUGAUUUACUCGAUGGAUUCGCGAUCCUUUUAUCGUGAAUCGUUCAGCAACUUUAGUAGCAAUGCUCCGCGAAUUGCGUUGACGAGAUUUUCGCCGAUGAUCCAACGAUUCUGGUUGCUUAAUCCUUCAGCGGCGAUCUGCAGGAAAGUCGCGAUAAUCAGUUAAAAAUAUAUGAAUUUUGACUCUGGGAGGAUUCGAACCCGCGGCGGUCGCCCGCCCCUGAACAAGGUGUGACGGGGGUUUAGUCCCACAUCGGUUGUGCACCGAUUUUUCGGGCGAAUAUAUAGUAAUGUUAGCUUUGUAAGGCAAAGUCUCUUCUCUCGCGUGUACGACCACUCCUUGCCCCACAGCCGGCUGGCCACCGGUGACGUGGAAGGGGAGUGGCGCACACGUGCCCCUAUCGAUCCAAGCAAGCCGCUCGAGCCCCUGCUCGCGGCUACUCCCCGACUGCGCUUCCGACCCGCUUGCGGGCCCGGCUGGCCGGCGGGUUCCCCAUUUUGCAAUAUUUUUAUUUUUAUUUCUUGUUCUUCAUUUAUCUCAAAACUAAGACUGUAAAAAUCGUAUAAAAUCACAUAAUUACCCAAAAAUUAACGUUAAUCAACUGAAAACCACUUUUCAUGCUUUAACACAAAUAUAAGUCUAUUUAUCAUGAGUUAAGGCUAAAACUAUAUUAUUUACUAAUUAUUAACUCAUGAUAAUGAAGACUUAUCACACCCCCCAAGUUAAAUCAUUGCUAGUCCCUUAGCAAUGGAAUUACAAAAAUAAAAAUUUACAAAUCUCAAACAUCAUAUUUCAAUACAGAAAAGAAAUACAAUUAGAAAUGAUGCACCUUUAAACACUUUGGAUUCUUAUAUCAAGUAUUUAAGAAUGAUGUCAAGCACUUAAAUGUUUAAACACUCCUUGGAAUAACAAUCUAGACUUCACUUCUUCUAUUCACAUCUUUAUCACUUCUUCACUCAUAGAUGUAUUUACAAGAUGUUCCAAUUAUCAAUACUCAUCCAAGAAUAAUAUUGAUCUUACAUUUCCCUUUUUCUAUGACUUAAUUUUUGAAGUUUGCACUAUAUUUCUUCCUUCUUUUUUUUUUUUUAUAAAUAGUGGAUAAGUAGCUUUUCCUGUAGACAAAUUUCGACAAUAAGAAUGAUGUCUCACACCCUCCAUGUGUACUCUUCAUUUUCAGGGCUUUCACUUUAUCCACUUAUUUUUCAGCAAGUGUUUUUCUAUGCACGAUUUUCGACAAUGAGAAUGAUGUCUCACACCCUCCAUGUGUACUCUUCGUUUCUAGAUUUUUCACAUUGCUCUCUCUUUUUUUUUUUUCUUUUUUGUUUUUUGAAAUAAGUGAUUUCUCCUCACAAGUCCUAUAGAUCAGGGUGCAAAAAUCUCCAUUAAACUCAAAUGAUCAAUCAAAUUUUCACAUCAAGUAAAUAUUAUCCAUCAAGAUCAUGAAGUGAAAAUCUGUAAAAUCAAAUCCGUGUUAUCUAUCAUGUAUCCAAGGAGUAUUCCAACAUUUCAUGCUACCAGAUCAUUCUUUUGACUCAAUAAUAAUCUUCCUAGUAUCUUUUGGUAUCAAUCAAUCUAAUUGAUUUAAUUUUUCAUGCAUGCAAUAUGAUGUAAGGAAUUUGUAAAUUAGAUAGUUCUGACAGUUCUGUUUUCUGUUUUCAGUUCUAUUUUAGCAGCAAUAAAUUUGUCAAAAAUAAAUCAAAACUAUCUUCUUUAUAGCUGUAAUUUCGAAUUUCAGUAAUAUAUGUCUACGGGAUUGAAAUGUGAGAAAAGGGUCUCUAGAAUUUCAAAUUUCGGGUUGUUUUUUCAUCUGCUGUUUUUGACAGUCUGUUGUUCCUAACAGAAAACCAGAAAAUAGAUGUUGCAGUUUUUCCGAAUUUUAUUUUAUUUUUAUUUUUUUUAGUUGCUGUUCUAAGUUGAAUAAAAUGCAAACACAUGUUCUUAAUCGUCCUACAGCAUAAAUUAAUAAUGAAUACUUCACCCCCCAACUUAAAAAUGACAUUGUCCUCAAUGACACAGAAAACUCGAAACAGAAUAUGCAGAAAAUAUAAUUUUCAAGUGAAGCAUGCAUAUCUGCAAAGUUAAGCAUUAAAAAUAUUUUCAUAAAUGAUGAAGCUCAGAAAGACAUCACCUCAACCUCGUUUUUAAUUUUCCACUUCAUCUUACACUCCUCCUCCUGCACUUUUUCGAAAGAAAAACAAACACAGAAACAAGUACUGCGAAAUUCUAAGAAAAACAGAGAUCAAACAAAAUGAAAUAAAAACCAUGGGUUGCCUCCCAUGCAGCGCUGAAUUUAAUGUCUCCAGCUGGACAGCUCUUAUAUCAUAUAAGCUGAUCUAUGGCCAUCAAAAUAUAUUUGUAUCCCAAGGUAAGUUUUAUGAUAUUCUUUUUCAGAUUUAGCAUAAAUUCAUAUACUUCAUAUAUAUACCUUGACAUACUUUCAGCCAAAACAAAAUGGAAAUUAACAAAAUUUUCCCAAAAAUAAUAUUUCCAUUUUGAAAAGAAUCUUUCCUUAUUUCUAUCUUGUUUUGUUAGGCUCUCAUUCAUUAAUAAAUACUUUCUAUUAAUAAACCAUAAAAUGUGAUCAGGCCGUAUAAUUUUCAGAUUAGCUCUUGCCCAAUCUAAAAUUUUUUCAUCUAAAUUGGUAUCUCUAAUUCUUCCACUCACCCAUUUCUUAAUGUCUUCUUUUAUCUGCAUAAUCUUUCCCUGCUCCAUUUUAUCUUCCAUACAUAUUUGUUCAAUUUGUGAGGAGUGAAAUAUUUCAAGCUUAGAAAUAAUUCUAAUGGGCUGUGGGUUUUGAAGGAUGGAAGGAUUGUCUUCUUUAAUCUCAGAUCUAAUGAAUUCAGUAAAAUUCAAAUUUUCUCCUCCAAAAUUAUUUCUAUAUUCACAUCUAUUAUUUUUGCUUGUUCCCAUUAGUUGAAUCAAUUCUUUUUCUAGCUUUUCGUUUCUCAACUCAUCAAAUUCUUCAUCUUCCCAAGAGCUAUCUUUUAAUUUUGGUAUAUGAUAUACAUCAUCAUCCUCACAAUCAACAUCCAUGGCUGCAAAAUUAUGAUUAGAUUCAUUAAUUUCGUCUCCUACAUCUCCCAAAUCAAUUGAUUUUUCCUCCCCUGAAAUAUAUUUUUCUUCAUUUCUGUCCUUACUCCCUUCUACUGAAAUUUGGAUGAUUUUUCUAUGAUCAGUCGCUGUUUCUUCAUCUAAGGGUUCUUUCUCCUCAUCAUCCUCACUAUAUUCAUUCAUCAAUUGUGAGCAAUAAAUGAUUUUAUUCAAAUUUUCUGCUACUAUAUUUUUGCCCUUAAUAUCCUCAUUUACUUCUAAUGGAUCAUCAAUUUCUUCUAAUAAUUGGAAAUAAGGAUCAGGUAAAAUAUUCUCACUCAAUGUAUUCACUGUCCUAACAUUUUCAUUUCGUGGGUUUUUUUCUAAAUUUAUCCAGUUAGACUCUUCUUGCUGAAAUCUUACUGUUGGACAGUUUUCUGAAUUUUCUAUGGGCUGACUAGGUAGCUGUCCCUCUUCUCUCUUAUUCCCAAGAGCCUCUAUAAUUUGUUUCUGAUGAAGCAUCAUUUGAUUCAUAGUUUGUUGCAUCAUUUGAUUCAUAGUUUGUUGCAUCAUUUGGCUCAUUUGCUGCAUCAUUUCCAUAGCAUCAGGUUGGGUUUGAGAGGGCUGAUUUUUCUGAAAUCUAUUUUCUUGUUUUGGACGAAAUUCAGAGUUUGAAUUGGGUCUAAGUGCUUCUGGAUUUUGAAUAUUAUUUGGGUCUCUCCAUGAAAAAUUAUUCCUCCAAUUAGGAUUAUAAGAAUUUGAAAAAUUUUCCCUAUUUCUAUUAAAACCGUGAGCUACUUGCACUUGUUCUUGCAUAGGGUGAAAUGAUUGAUCUAAAUUAUAACAUUGAAGUUCAGAAUAAUCAUUUUCACCAUACAUAGGACAUGUACUAUUCGAAUUAAGUUGAGGGUUAAAAGGCUUUCUAAUAUUAUCAAUAAGUAAAUCAAUUUUUUCUAAUCUUUGAUUAAUCUGAUUAACCUCAUUUCUAAGUUUAGAAUCAUCAUCAUGAUGCAAUUCAUAAAUUUCUCUCUUCAUUUCCUUGUCAUAUAAUUCAAAAGAGGCUUGAUCUCUAGAAUUUUCACUUAAAUUCUCAUAAAGACUGUAAAUCUCAUCAGGAGUUUUCUCCAUAAAAGCUCCUCCACAUAUAGAAUCAACCAUAUUUCUAUGUUGUUCUAAUAAUCCAUCAUAAAAAAUUCUAUUGAGCUGCCACUUGGGUAUAGCAUGAUGAGGACACUUUCUAAGUAAAUCUUUGAAUUUUUCCCAUGUCUGAUGCAAAGUUUCUCCUGGUCUUUGAGAAAAACUCCAUAUAUGUUUUCUCAUAUUUUGAGUUUUUCCUAAAGGAUAAAAUUUUCGAAGAAAGGCCUGUUCUAUAUCUUUCCAGCUAGUUAAUUCUCUAUCUAAUGUGGAUAGCCAAUGACUAGCUUUGUCCCUAAGUGUAUGAGGGAAUAAUUUCAUCUUAAUAAUUUCCGGUGUAACUUGAGGGAGAUUAACUAAAUCACAGACCAUAUGAAAUUUUUCUAAGUGCUGAUGAGGUUCCUCUAAAGGCAAUCCAUGAAAAUUAGGGAGCAUUUGAAAAAUUCCUGGAUUUAUUUCGAAUUUAACAGUGGGUGCUAAUGGGACUCUAAUAUUAGAUGCUCUUUGAAAUGAAUCAGGGAUAUAAUGAUUUUUCAUGGCCAUAGGAUUGUUCUCAGUUUGACCUGUACUUCCUUCAGGAUCCAUCAAAAUUAAUUUUUCUUUUGGAUUUUUAUUUUUGAAUGAAAUAAUGAAAGGAUUUUCUAGCCUUGGAUGCAAGGAUCUUCUACCAUGCAUAAAAAUCAAUAAAUUCGAGGGAAAAAGUUAGUAACUGUUACCCUCCUUCAGGAUGCUCCAGUCCUUGCCGUGCUUCUUUUCGUUCCCUUUUUCUAAUAAAAAUCAGCAAAAAGAAAAUAAAACAAGAGUAAAGUUUUUUUUUUUGUGUACUCUAAGAGAAAAACAGAAAAAUACUAAAUAUUAUGCAAUACAUCCCCGGCAACGGCGCCAAAAUUUGACGUGACUCAGUCGUUGUAUGUUAAAUCACGCAAAUAUAAAAUUUAUAAAACUAGAAAAUACGAAUUUUCGGAUAUUUAGAAGUAUUUCUAAAUAAAUAUAUCAAUUAUAAUUCAAUAAAAAUUCCAAAAAUAGCGGUAAUUUUCCAGGUCGAUCACAGGGAUGUAAUAUAAUAUCUGGUAAUUAUUCAGAAUUUUUCUCAAUGAGUACGAUUUUCUUACGAAUUUUAUACUAGGAAAUAAAAAGGAAAUAUAUUUAAAAUUCACGAAAAAAAAAGAAAUAAGGGUGCGGACGUCAGGAUGACGUCAGCACCCGGCGAACGCGAAUCAGGCGGAAACAGAGUUCCGCCCGGCGAUUCUUACGUAGGCGAUUACAGACGACUCAAUUAAUCAAAUUAAGAUCUGUAAAAGCCGGAAGAAUCGUAAUUGAACGAAGUAUAGUUUGGUAAAUAAAAAUCAACAAAGUAUCACUAAAUGAAGCGUAAAUUAAAUUGAAAGCAGGAAAACAGAGUUCCGGCGUUGCGACGGCGAUGCGUCGGCGAUGCACCGGAAUCCUGAGCGUUCGGGAGGAUCGUCGUGCAGUGUCCACGGCCUCGAAGGCUCUCCUUGGACAAAGACGACGUGGGCAAUCUCUAGAUAAAGCAGGAAAACAGAGUUCUGGCGUCGCGACGGCGACGCGUCGGCGAUGCACCGGAAUCCCUGAGCGUUCGGGAGGGUCGUCGUGCAGUGUCCACGGCCUCGAAGGCUCUCCUUGGACAAAGACGACGUGGGCAAUCUCUAGAUCUUCUCGCGAAGUCUAGAGACCAAUGAAGUGGGUCGUCGAAUCGUCUCCGGCGGCUGUCACCCGGCGGAGCGGAAAAAUGGCGACUUUGCGGCUCUCCGGCGGCUGUCACCCGACGGAGAGGGGCUGGAUGAAGGUGAGGCGCGUGUUAGGGAGCUUCAUCCUCAGGUCCGCGCAGCAAGAGGAGGCUCUUCAUCGCAUCUGGUACGCUCUCAGGAGGUGGCGACUGGUCUCCCGGCGGAUCGUCCUCUUCCCGACGACGGCUUGUUCGUCGAUCAAUCGGAGAUGAUUUUCUCGAUGGAUUGCGAUCCUUUUAUCGCGAAUCGUUUAGAAAUUUUAGUAGCAAUGCUCCGCGAAUCGCGUUGACGAGAUUUUCGCCGAUGAUCCAGCGAUUCCGGUUGCUUAAUCCUUCACCGGCGAUCUGCAGGAAAGUCGCGAUAAUCAGUUAAAAAUAUAUGAAUUUUGACUCUGGGAGGAUUCGAACCCGCGGCGGUCGCCCGCCCCUGAACAAGGUGUGACGCGGGUUUAGUCCCACAUCGGUUGUUCGCGGAUUAUUUGGGCGAAUAUAUAGUAAAGUUAGCUUUAUAGGCAAAAUCCUCUCGCGUGUACGACCACUCCUUGCCCCACAGCCGGCUGACCAUCGGUGACGUGGAAGGGGAGUGGCGCACACGUGCCCCUAUCGAUCCAAGCAAGCCGUUCGAGCCCCUGCUCGCGGCUACUCCCCGACUGCGCUUCCGACCCGCUUGCGGGCCCGGCUGGCCGGCGAAUCCCCCCAUUUUGCAAUAUUUUUAUUUUUAUUUCUUGUUCUUCAUUUAUCUCAAAACUAAGACUGUAAAAAUCGUAUAAAAUCACAUAAUUACCCAAAAAUUCACGUUAAUCAACUGAAAACCACUUUUAAUGCUUUAACACAAAUAUAAGUCUAUUUAUCAUGAGUUAAGGCUAAAACUAUAUUAUUUACUAAUUAUUAACUCAUGAUAAUGAAGACUUAUCAAGGGUCUUCUAGAAUUUCAAAUUUCGGGCUGUUUUUUGUCUGCUGUUUUUGACAGUUUGCUGUUUUUGACAGAAAACCAGAAAAUAGAUGUUGUAAUUUUUCCGAAUUUUAUUUUAUUUUUAUAUUUUUAGUUGCUGUUCUAAGUUGAAUAAAAUGCAAACACAUGUUCUUAAUCGUCCUACAACAUAAAUUAAUAAUGAAUACUUCACCCCCCAACUUAAAAAUGACAUUGUCUUCAAUGACAUAGAAAACUCGAAAUAGAAUAUGCAGAAAAUAUAAUUUUCAAGUGAAGCAUGCAUAUCUACAAAGUUAAGCAUUAAAAAUAUUUUCAUAAAUGAUGAAGCUCUAAAAGACAUCACCUCAACCUUGUUUUUAAUUUUUCACUUCAUCUUACACUCUUGCUGCACUUUUUCGAAAGAAAAACAAAUAUAGAAACAAGUACUGCGAAAUUCUAAGAAAAACAAAGCUUAAAAAAAAUCAAACAGGAUGAAAUAAAAACCAUGGGUUGCCUCCCAUGCAGCGCUGAAUUUAAUGUCUCCGGCUGGACAGCUCUUAUAUCAUAUAAUAUGAUCUAUGGCCAUCAAAAUAUAUUUGUAUCCCAAGGUAAGUUUCAUGAUAUUCUUUUUCAGAUUUAGCAUAAAUUCAUAUACUUCAUAUAUAUACCUUGACAUACUUUCAGCCAAAACAAAAUGGAAAUUAACAAAAUUUUCCCAAAAAUAAUAUUUCCAUUUUGAAAAGAAUCUUUCCUUAUUUCUAUCUUGUUUUGUUAGGCUCUCAUUCAUUAAUAAAUACUUUCUAUUAAUAAACCAUAAAAUGUGAUCAGGCCGUAUAAUUUUCAGAUUAGCUCUUGCCCAAUCUAAAAUUUUUUCAUCUAAAUUGGUAUCUCUAAUUCUUCCACUCACCCAUUUCUUAAUGUCUUCUUUUAUCUGCAUAAUCUUCCCCUGCUCCAUUUUAUCUUCCAUACAUAUUUGUUCGAUUUGUGAGGAGUGAAAUAUUUCAAGCUUAGAAAUAAUUCUAAUGGGCUGUGGGUUUUGAAGGAUGGAAGGAUUGUCUUCUUUAAUCUCAGAUCUAAUGAAUUCAGUAAAAUUCAAAUUUUCUCCUCCAAAAUUAUUUCUAUAUUCACAUCUAUUAUUUUCGCUUGUUCCCAUUAGUUGAAUCAAUUCUUUUUCUAGCUUUUCGUUUCUCAACUCAUCAAAUUCUUCAUCUUCCCAAGAGCUAUCUUUUAAUUUUGGUAUAUGAUAUACAUCAUCAUCCUCACAAUCAACAUCCAUGGCUGCAAAAUUAUGAUUAGAUUCAUUAAUUUCGUCUCCUACAUCUCCCAAAUCAAUUGAUUUUUCCUCACCUGAAAUAUAUUUUUCUUCAUUUCUGUCCUUACUCCCUUCUACUAAAAUUUGGAUGAUUUUUCUAUGAUCAGUUGCUGUUUCUUCAUCUAAGGGUUCUUUCUCCUCAUCAUCCUCACUAUAUUCAUUCAUCAAUUGUGAGCAAUAAAUGAUUUUAUUCAAAUUUUCUGCUACUACAUUUUUGGCCUUAAUAUUCUCAUUUACUUCUAAUGGAUCAUCAAUUUCUUCUAAUAAUUGGAAAUAAGGAUCAGGUAAAAUAUUCUCACUCAAUAUAUUCACUGUCCUAACAUUUUCAUUUCGUGGGUUUUUUUCUAAAUUUAUCCAGCUAGACUCUUCUUGCUGAAAUCUUACUGUUGGACAGUUUUCUGAAUUUUCUAUGGGCUGACUAGGUAGCUGUCCCUCUUCUCUCUUAUUCUCAAGAGCCUCUAUAAUUUGUUUCUGAUGAAGCAUCAUUUGAUUCAUAGUUUGUUGCAUCAUUUGGCUCAUUUGCUGCAUCAUUUCCAUAGCAUCAGGUUGGGUUUGAGAGGGCUGAUUUUUCUGAAAUCUAUUUUUUUGUUUUAGAUGAAAUUCAGAGUUUGAAUUGGGUCUAAGUGCUUCUGGAUUUUGAAUAUUAUUUGAGUCUCUCCAUGAAAAAUUAUUCCUCCAAUUAGGAUUAUAAGAAUUUGAAAAAUGUUCCCUAUUUCUAUUAAAACCGUGAGCUACUUGCACUUGUUCUCGCAUAGGGUGAAAUGAUUGAUCUAAAUUAUAACAUUGAAAUUCAGAAUAAUCAUUUUCACCAUACAUAGGACAUGUACUAUUCGAAUUAAGUUGAGGGUUAAAUGGCUUUCUAAUAUUAUCAAUAAGUAAAUCAAUUUUUUUAAUCUUUGAUUAAUUUGAUUAACCUCAUUUCUAAGUUUAGAAUCAUCCUCAUGAUGCAAUUCAUAAAUUCCUCUCUUCUUAUCCCUGUCAUAUAAUUCAAAAGAGGCUUGAUCUCUAGAAUUUUCACUUAAAUUCUCAUAAAGAUUGUAAAUCUCAUCAGGAGUUUUCUCCAUAAAAGCUACUCCACAUAUAAAAUCAACCAUAUUUCUAUGUUGUUCUAAUAAUCCAUCAUAAAAAAUUCUAUUGAGCUGCCACUUGGGUACAGCAUGAUGAGGACACUUUCUAAGUAAAUCUUUGAAACUUCCCAUGUCUCAUGCAAAGUUUCUCCUGGUCUUUGAGAAAAACUCCAUAUAUGUUUUCUCAUAUUUUGAGUUUUUCCUAAGGGAUAAAAUUUUCAAAGAAAGGCCUGUUCUAUAUCUUUCCAGCUAGUUAAUUCUCUAUCUAAUGUGGAUAGCCAAUGACUAGCUUUGUCCCUAAGUGUAUGAGGGAAUAAUUUCAUCUUAAUAAUUUACGGUAUAACUUGAGGGAGAUUAACUAAAUCACAGACCAUAUGAAAUUUUUCUAAGUGCUGAUGAGGUUCCUCUAAAGGCAAUCCAUGAAAAUUAGGGAGCAUUUGAAAAAUUCUUAGAUUUAUUUUGAAUUUAAUAGUGGGUGCUAAUGGGACUCUAAUAUUAGAUGCUCUUUGAAAUGAAUCAGGGAUAUAAUGAUUUUUCAUGGCCAUAGGAUUGUUCUCAGCUUGACCUGUACUUCCUUCAAGAUCCAUCAAAAUUAAUUUUUCUUUCGGAUUUUUAUUUUUGAAUGAAAUAAUGAAAGGAUUUUCUAGCCUUGGAUGCAAGGAUCUUCUACCAUGCAUAAAAAUCAAUAAAUUCGAGGGAAAAAGUUAGUAACUACUACCCUCCUUCAGGAUGCUCUAGUCCUUGCAGUGCUUCUUUCGUUCCCUUUUUCUAAUAAAAAUCAGCAAAAAGAAAAUAAAACAAGAGUAAAGUUUUUUUUUGUGUACUCUAAGAGAAAAACAGAAAAAUACUAAAUAUUAUGCAAUACAUCCCCAGCAACGGCGCCAAAAUUUGACGUGACUCAGUCGUUGUAUAAUAAAUCACGCAAAUAUAAAAUUUAUAAAACUAGAAAAUACGAAUUUUUGGAUAUUUAGAAGUAUUUCUAAAUAAAUAUAUCAAUUAUAAUUCAAUAAAAAUUCCAAAAAUAGUGGUAAUUUUCCAGGUCGAUCACAGAGAUGUAAUAUAAUAUCUGGUAAUUAUUCAGAAUUUUUCUCAAUGAAUACGAUUUUCUUAUGAAUUUUAUACUAGGAAAUAAAAAGAAAAUAUAUUUAAAAUUCACGAAAAAAAGGAAAUAAGGGUGCAGACGUCAGGAUGAUGUCAGCUCCCAGCGAACAGCGAAAACAGAGUUCCGCCUGGUGAUUCUUACGUAAGCGAUUACAGAUGACUUAAUUAAUCAAAUUAAGAUCUGUAAAAGCCAGAAGAAUCAUAAUUGAACGAAAUAUAGUUUGGUAAAUUAAAAUCACACAAAGUAUCACUAAAUGAAGCGUAAAUUAAAUUGAAAGUAGGAAAAUAGAGUUCCGGCAUCGCGAUGGCGAUGCGUCGGCGAUGCACUGGAAUCUUGAGCGUUUGGGAGGAUCGUCGUGUAGUGUCUACGGCCUCGAAGGCUCUCCUUGGACAAAGACGACGUGGGCAAUCUCUAGAUCUUCUUGCGAAGUCUAGAGAUCAAUGAAGUGAGUCGUCGAAUCGUCUCCGACGGCUGUCACCUAGCGGAGCGGAAAAACGGCGACUUUGCGACUCUCCGGCGGCUGUCACCUGACGGAGAGGCGCUGGAUGGAGGUGGGGCGCGUGUUAAGGAGCUUCAUCCUCAGGUCCGCGCAGCAAGAGGAGGCUCUUCAUCGCAUCUGGUACGCUCUCAGGAGGUGGCGACUGGUCUCCGGGCGGAUUGUCCUCUUCCCGACGACGGCUUGUUCGUCGAUCAAUCGGAGAUGA